AUGGGCCCGCGGAGCCGCGAGCGUCGGGCCGGGGCCGUGCAGAGCACCGACGGCAGCAGCGCCCUCAGCAAGAGCUCCCUGGCUGCGCGCGGGUACGUGCGCGACACCUUUGCCGCCUUGCUAGUUCCCGGGACCGCGCGCCGCGCGCCGCUCAUCCACCGCGGCUACUACGUGCGCGCGCGCGCCGUGCGGCACUGCGUGCGCGCCUUCCUGGCGGGGACGUGCGCGGCCCCCGGCGCGCCUCGCGCCCAGAUCCUGUCGCUGGGCGCCGGCUCAGACUCACUGUAUUUUCGCCUCAAAACUGCGGGCCGCUUGGCCUGGGCUGCCGUCUGGGAGGUGGAUUUCCCGGACGUGGCGCAGCGCAAAGCGCAGAGGAUUCGAGAUACGCCGGAACUGUGCGCGUUAACCGGGGCUUUCCAGAGCGGGAACCCCGGGUCCAUGCUGUGCUUUGAGAGCUCGGACUACCGCAUCCUGGGCCUGGACCUGCGGCAGCUGCAGCGGCUGGACCAGGCCCUGGCCGCCGCGGGCCUUGACGCAGCCGCACCGACUCUGCUGCUGGCUGAGGCCGUGCUGACCUACCUUGAGCCGGAUGAUGCCGCGGCCCUCAUCGCCUGGGCCGCUCAGCGUUUUUCUAAUGCCCUUUUCAUCGUCUACGAGCAGAUGCGGCCGCGUGACGCCUUUGGCGAGUUCAUGCAGCAACAUUUUCGGCAGCUGAAUUCUCCCCUGCAUGGCCUGGACCACUUUCCCGACGCGGAGGCCCAGCAGCAGCGCUUCCUUCAGGCCGGCUGGACUGCCUGCCGUGCCAUGGACAUGAAUGAGUUCUAUCGCUGCUUUCUCUCCGCAGAAGAACGCCGGCGGGUGGAAAAUCUCGAACCUUUUGACGAGUUUGAGGAGUGGCAUCUGAAGUGCGCCCACUAUUUCAUUCUGGCCGCUUCUCGGGGAGAAGCCCUCUCCCACAUUCUAGUGUUUCCACCCUCAGAGAUGUUUCCUCGGAUAGAUCCUGCUUCCCCUUCAGGAGUCUUCCCUGCCAGUGUAGUCACUGGUGACAGCCGGGGCCCAGACCUUAAGAGAUAUGGCCAUGCCUCUGUCCUUUUGAGCCCAGGCCUUAUUCUCAGUGCAGGAGGAUUUGGAGAGCAGGAGGGGCGGCAUUGCCGAGUGAGUAAGUUUCACUUGCUCUCGAGAUACUGUGACUUUGAAUGGAGAGGCAACCAAAUACACAGUUGUGGGACUGGAGCUCCGUGGGAUGGACGCCUCUAUCACACCAUGACCAGACUUUCAGAUACUCAGGUUCUGGUUCUGGGAGGGAGACUGUCCCCCGUAACUCCAGCCUUGGGGACUCUCCACCUUCUUUUUUGCAACAGUGAGGAUAAUAACCCUGAGGACCUAAAUAUAACAGUCACAAAGGUCGGCCCAGAAGAAGAUUCCACUUUGUCGUGUUGGCGCCAUUCAACAACAGAAGUGUCCUAUGAGAAUCAGAAAUAUUUGUUUGUGUAUGGGGGCCGCAGUGUGGCAGAACCUGUACUAAGUGACUGGCGUUUCCUCCAUGUGGGGACGAUGGCUUGGGUCAGGAUCCCAGUGGAGGGAGAAGUACCUGAAGGUCGACAUUCCCACAGUGCCUGCAGCUGGCAAGGGGGAGCCCUCAUUGCUGGAGGUCUGGGUACUUCUGAGGAGCCGUUGAGCUCUGUACUCUUUUUGAAACCAAUCUCUUGUGGAUUCCUCUGGGAAUCAGUAGCCAUCCAGCCUCCCAUUACGCCAAGGUACUCCCACACAGCUCAUGUGUUCAAGGGGAAGCUUUUGCUGGUUGGAGGGGUCUGGAUUCAUUCCUCCUCAGUUCCUGGGGUGACCGUUAUUGAUUUGUCUACAGGACUGAGCUUUGAGUAUCAGAUUGACGCAGCAUGUGUGCCAUGGCCGUUAAUGUUACACAAUCAUACCAGCAUCCUCCUUCCUGAAGAGCAACAGCUCCUGCUACUUGGAGGUGGUGGGAACUGCUUUUCCUUUGGCACCUACUUCAAUCCCUGUACAGUGACAUUAGACCUUUCUUCCUUAAGUGCUAGGCAGUAAGGACUGGACUUGGGAUAUAUUCAGGACCCACUAAAGUAGACAAUAAAGCUUUCCAAA